AUGGGUCGAUGGGGAUGGCGUCUCUUCGAAUGCGAUCAGGACCUUGACGCCGUUUUCAAUUUAACCCAUGAACUAGGCAUCGACAUCGAUUCCUGGGAGUACAGUUUGAGCUCUAUGGUUCAUCAAACCGACAUGCUAGUACCGCCAGAAGCUAUCGCCAUGUACAACACUCCGGCAUAUGCGUAUCAACUAGCCAACCACAUCAUUCCAUACAUCCGCGAGAAGCUUGAUACCGAUAAUCUCGGAGAGCAGCUCUUCGCUGCCUGUCGCGCCAAGGAAAACGAUACUGAUGACAUCUCCCGAGAGCCCAAAUACCAGACUAUCAUCCUGGGUGCUCUGAUGAUGCGCUGUGGUGCUCGCAUCAACGCAGCGGGCAUGGAACAUCUACGUGAUAUAGUGCCCCAGGUCGUCUGCAGCCCGCGCUGGACGCCUUUCACCGACCUUAGCUUCAGAACUCCAGGAAAAGCUCAAUUCCUUGCUGCGUUGGAUCACUAUGAGCCUGGUGUUCCACGCAGCUUCCAGGAGCCUAGCUGCUUCACGUGUGGAAAGAUCGAGGCAGAUCUCGGUCGUAAGCCUCUGAAAUGCAAGAGAUGCAAAGUUGCGACCUACUGCGGCAAGGACUGUCAGACCGAGCAGUGGAACGAGCACCGCCCGAGCUGCGUUCCUCCCCACCGACGCCGUGUAACGAACGUCUGA